CUGUAGCUGUCAAAAUUAUGCAGUUGCCCAAAAAAAUUAAUGAAUUAUUUUCAUUUUAUUUUUAAGUCUUCCCUAUGUGUAAAUUUUGUGUUUUUUUAUUCACUAUUUGUCUUCCUGUUUACAAUUUACAGUUCGUGCCUUAAUGAGUCAAGGUUAACUGUAGAUACCUUUGUGGCUAGGUUACAAAGAGCUACAGGGAUUUCGUAAAUAAAAUGGGCAACGCUGGGAGUAAUCAACCAAAAGAGUGGCACAAAGAUCAUGCAACAAAACAGCCUGAUGUAGGUUCAUCAUCACCUGCUAAAGAAGGAGAAGCUUUCACGUUUGACAAGAAGAUAGAUGAUGAUAGAAGUGGUCGGGAAGACGACAAUAACAUUGAGGACGGAGCUCCCUAUUAUACAAAAGCUGUCCCUGAACAUGAUGUCGAGGAAACUGUGAUGCGAGAAAGAUCUAACACACUGACAGAGGAUAAGGUAGCUGAAGAUGUAAAGGUGUUACCAACAGUAUUUAAAUGGGAUGGAGGUGGUAAACAGGUUUUCAUAAGUGGAACAUUUACUGAUUGGAAGACUAUUCCUAUGGUGAAAUCUCAUGGUGACUUUGUGACCAUAAUUGAUCUGCCUGAAGGAGAGCACCAGUACAAGUAUUUUGUGGAUGGAGAGUGGCGGCAUGAUCCAACAGUGAAACUUGUAGACAAUGGCAUGGGUUCAAAAAACAACUUAGUAACAGUAAAAAUGUCUGACUUUGAAGUCUUUCAAGCACUAGCCAAAGACAGUGAAGGAGUACGUAGCAGUGCACAAACAGAAUAUUCUCAGGAAAUACCACAGUCAAAACCCUGGGAGAAAGUAUUUGGUCCCCCUAUUUUGCCACCACAUCUUUUGCAAGUUAUUUUAAACAAAGACACUCCAUUAUCGUGUGAACCUACAUUAUUGCCCGAACCAAAUCAUGUGAUGUUAAACCAUUUGUAUGCCUUGUCAAUCAAAGAUGGUGUUAUGGUGCUCUCUGCAACACAUAGAUACAGAAAGAAGUAUGUUACAACUCUGCUCUACAAGCCUAUAUAAAUUGUGAAUUGAGAACCUGGGAGUAAAAUUAGUAUUAAGAAAAUGCUGAUGUGAUUAUUUUCAUAGCAUAUUGUAGAUAAUAUUCAAUAUAAAUAAUUUAUUCGUAUUUGUGCAAUAUAAUUAAUAUAGCUUUU